AUCCAUUUUCUACCGCUUAUCUGAGGUUGGAUCGCGGGGACAGUAGCUUUAGCAGGGACGCCCAGACUUCGCUCUCCCCAUCCACUUCAUUCAGCUCUUCCAGGGGAAUCCCGAAGUGUUCCCAGGCCAGCCGAAGGACGUAGUCUCUCCAGCGUGUCCUGGGUCGUCCCCAGGGUCUCCUCCUGGUGGGACGUGCCUGGAACACCUCACCAGGGAGGCGUCCGGGAGGCAUCCAAAUCAGAUGCCCCAGCCACCUCAUCUGGCUCCUUUCGAUGUGGAGGAGCAGCGGCUCUACUCUGAGAGCCUCCCGGAUGACCGAGCUUCUCACCCUAUCUCUAAGGGAGGGCCCGGAGGAAACUCAUUUCGGCCGCUUGUAUCCGGGAUCUUGUUCUUUCGGUCACAACCCACAGCUCGUGACAAUUUACGUGAAUCGUAUAGAUCCGAUGAGUUAUUUCCGUGGGGUGGUCGCCAUCGCCAUCGUCAAUGACUGUUUCGUAGACUUAGCUAGAUCUAUUCCACAAAGCCACCAUCCACACACAGAUCUACAAGGAGGAAUGGCAGAGGAUCCCCAAAUUUGAAAAACUUGUUGCAUCAAUCCCAAAAAGACUCAUGGCUGUAUUAGCUCAAAAGGGUGCUUCUACUAAAUACUAGACUUUACAUCGAUUUUUAACGGCUGAACGUUAUCGGCCGAUAUUUAGCAUUUUAUGCUGAUCGGAUUUAAUGUUAUAAUUCGCAGAUCCGAUCAAUGACGUCAUUGAUCGGCUCCACAAAAGGCAUUAACUCCACGUCACCGCGUGCACAGUAUAUUUGAAUCCAAAGUUUAUUUUUAGCCUUGUUGCGUGUCUUUUGACGUAGUACUGUAAAUAUCUGACGACCAAUGAAGUUAUUUAUAUUCUAAAAAAUAAAAAAAAUUUCGGCGAUGUGGGACGGACAACACGUAAUACCCGGAUCAGACUACAAGACAAAUUUGCUCUUUCACGAUUGCACUAUGUCAGACUACUGCAAUAAAAUCUUGUAUUCCGAUACCACCGCAACCCGUUUUUUACGAUCAUUGGGCUUUAUCUUGUCAACUCAAAUGCGACCGGAUACACUCGUUACCGUGGCGACGACAACAAGCGAGCCAGCUCGACUAUAUUAUAAGGACAAAAUGGGGGGAAACGUGUGUCGGUGGUCACCGGUGCUCAGGACAGGAGAGGACAUUCAUUUAAGGCUUGCUUGAGGUAUGUUCCCGUACUUUUAAUACGAUACGGCUCACAAGCAGGCAAUAAAAUGUUAUGUAGCCUAGCAAGCUAGCGGUAGCAUGAACGGUUGGGCGUAAACAUGGCGCCGUUCUGUCGAAUCAGGCUCUAAAGUUUCGGUGUGGGUGAAGUCAUUUAAUUAACAAUAAAGUAAUUUAAUGACAGUAAGUUAGCACACAUUAUUUCUGUCACAUUGUAAUGUUGGUUUGACCUGACUGAUUAGAAUACACGAUCUGACUAGAGCAGUGAUUUCCAACCUUAUGGAGGCAAGGAACAUAUUUUACAAUUGAAAAAUCUCACGGCACACCAACAAACAAAAAUGUCACAAAGUGGAUACAUUAAUUACUGUAUUUACUUCCUGCCAUCUAAAAGAAGACCAUUCAUUUGUUCUGUCUGUCACUACGCCUCACUGGCAUAAAUAGUGGAACAAAGAUACAUUAUUGAUUGUAAAUAUAAUUUUUGGAGCAAUUAAGUACACAAGUAUAUACAGUAAAUUAACAGGUCAUUUAAGUAGACACAUUCUAUCACAUUAAACUUGCUGAUCGGCCCCAAAAAUCCGGAUCGUGUAAAGCCUACUAAAUACUGAGCAAAGGGUCUGAAUACUUAUGGCUGUGUGGUAUUUCAGUUUUUCUUUUUUAAUAAAUCUGCAAAAAUGUCAACAAUUCGGUUUUUUUUCUGUCAAUAUGGGGUGCUGUGUGUACAUUGAUGAGGAAAAAAAUGAACUUAAAUGAUUUUAGCUAAUGGCUGCAGUAUAAAAAAGAGUGAAAAUGUUAAGGGGGUCUGAAUAUAUCUCACCUUGGUCUAUGCUGAGUUGAGUUUGCAACACCUGAGUAGAUCAUCAGGCCUUAGCUGUUGUAAUAUGUGGCAGGGCACUGGUGAAAGACAACCUGUAAUUCCAUUUUAUUUUUGUGUAUUUGUAAGAGAUGAGACCAGAGGGAAAUUGACAAUUGCAGAGGCAGCAUGGGUUUUACUUGGACCUGAGAAAACAAUCAAAGUGGCAACAACAGUUAUUCAAGUAACGCAGAGUGAGGACGCCACAACGAGUUUAGCUGUCUAUGUUUCCCUCUGCAGGUCUCCUCGGCGCCAUCGCUCCUCCUCGCUCUCUCCUGUGAGGCAAAAAGACAGACGUGAAGAUGAACGUAAAGAGAAGUCAUCAAAACCCAUUCAAAUAUCAGCUGAGGAUAUGCAAGGCAAAACUGAAGAAGAAAUUGAGAUGAUGAAACUAAUGGGAUUUGCAACAUUUGACUCUACUAAGGGUAAGAAAAGUGAAGGAGCUACCAAUGCAUAUGCUGUCAAUACCACCAUGAAAAGAAAAUACAGGCAAUACAUGAACAGAAAGGGUGGAUUCAACAGACCACUGGACUUCAUCGCAUGAAACGCUUUUGCCGCUUUACUCCUGAAACAUACAUUUGUUGUAAUUGACCCAAAAAAAAUUUUGUGCUAUUUCCUUUUAUUUUGUAACCUUAUUUUUGUGGGAUGCAGGACUUUUCCAUAUACAUUUUUGAUUAUUGGGAGACAGUAUCAUUUGUCUCUGUGCUUCUUUUCCACCACAUUUUAGUUUUGACGCGUGGUCCAUUGCGAACAUGAGGUACAUGAAAUCUCAUGCUGUUCAGUUACUUAUGAGUGGAGUUAUGUUAAUCGAAAUAAAAAUCUUUUAAGUCA